AUGAUCACCGCUACCGCCGAUGCCGGGUCGGCCGCCAAAGCCGCGGCUGCACCGCCAGCGCGCAUGUUUGACUGCUUGGACGCGGCCAGCAAGGAGCGAGUGACGAUGCUGCUGAGCCACUACCAGGUACUUCUCCCAGUGGAGCAAGCCUCCUUCAUGCAGGAGCUCGAGCGGUACAACCAGGAGCAACAGACGACCGCGCUGGAGCGGAACAAGGCUGGUGAGGUGUGGAUACGCUACACAAACCCGCGUCUGCAGGCAGUGCAGGCACGUGAUCCUGCGUAUGUCCAGCGGUCCAUUUCCCACACAGCUGCUUCUCGUGGGUCAAAGGGCGAUGCGGCACCCGAGGAGGCGACUGCACCGUGCUCGCUAGAGGAUCUUGUCCAUAUUCGCGGCAUGUUCGGUGAGCCGGAAGGUGUUCCGAUCCGCGUGGGGAAGAUGUCACUGUAUGAGAAACUGCAGCAGAACAUGAGAAACCGGCGGAGCACCGCCUGCGGGAGCUUGGCGAACACCACCGUCUCAAGCAUCCCCACCGCCGCCGAUGCGGGCCAUGGUGCUGCACGCGUCUCCGUUCCGUUUGGGCCUUUCGCUGAAGCGCCGGCGAAACCGGCUGAGGGCAAGCGUGAGGUGGGCGAUAACGCCUCUCCGAAGACAUCGGCGCAGUCCGAGAGCGGCGAGCGCGCAGUGGCACUUGUGUGCGCUGACACUUUCCCCUCUCACACAUCGUCGGUCAGGCCGUCUGCUCCAUACCGCAACAACGCGUACCAGGCCGUGCGUCUUGCAAUGAGCUCGCCUGGUUACACUGCGACGACGCAGCCGACCUCGGUGGCGGAGUUACAAACGCCGCUUGACGGCGUGAAACCCGUAUUGAACACCACCGCCUUCCCGAUCACGGAAGAGGAGCUGCGCGAUUGGUUCGAUGAGCUGGAUGUACAUGGGCGUGGCGUCUUGAGCGUCGAGGAGUUCCAGCGCUACAUGCAAUCCUUGGAGCGUGACCUCGGUGUCCCGACAGAGUACGCGACGCUUGAGCUCGACGGAGCGCAGCUAGCGAAGGAUGGCUGGCUCAGCUUUGAGGCCUUUUCCUACCUCGUGCUCCGCUUUGUGCGUGCCUGA